UUUAUAGUGAUUUAUUAAUUCAUAAGAAACGGGCAUUUCCCGGUCAGAGAGAAGAAAGAGAAUGAAAAAGACAGAGAGAAAGAGAGCAUUUUUGAACAGGUGAGAUGCCAAUGACUACUGGUUUGCUCGUGGGACGCAUUGCCAUGGCAAGCUUAUACCAUGGCUCUUUGACAAGGUGACUGACGUGGGACACUAAAAGUUUAUAUCUUUACACCAUGUUUUUUUUAUCAUGAUGAGUUGAGAGAUGUGUGAUCAUGACUGAUCCCACUGAAAAACAACAGCAGGAUUACCAGCUGGUAAUGCAAUGACAAGAGUUUGGAUGUGAAAGUGUGAUUUUGAGUUGAUUUUUCCUCAAGGACCUUCGUGUUACAUUGUUAUGGACGUAGCCAACGGCAAAGACAUCAAUCGACCUUCAACUCGGUUGUGCAACUGCUACAAAGUGGCAAACCUUAGUCAGACAAUUUUGGACACAAUCCAAGUGUCAAACUUGAAAGACAAGUACGUUCUUGGUGAACAAUUGGGGUGGGGCCAGUUUGGUGUAAUCAGGGCGUGCUCAGAUAAAUUCACCGGGGAGGUUUUGGCUUGCAAGUCCAUUGCCAAAGAUAGAUUGGUAACGGUGGAUGAUGUGCGCAGCGUUAAGCUUGAGAUCGAAAUAAUGACUAGGUUAUCUGCACAUUAUAAUGUCGUAAGUCUCAAGGCGGUUUAUGAGGAGGAGAAUUAUGUGCACUUGUUGAUGGAAUUGUGCGCUGGAGGGGAGCUUUUUCACCGGCUUGAGAAGCAGGGGAGAUUCUCAGAGCACAAUGCGAGGGUUAUCUUUAAACAUUUGAUGGAAGUGGUUAAGUUUUGUCACGAGAAUGGUGUUGUCCAUAGAGAUUUGAAACCAGAAAACAUUCUCUUGGCCACCACAUCCUCGUCCUCGCCUAUUAAGUUAGCAGAUUUUGGCCUUGCUACCUACUGCAGACCUGGACAGAAAUUGCAGGGAACUGUGGGAAGUCCAUUUUACAUAGCGCCUGAGGUACUUUCGGGAGGUUAUAACCAGGCUGCUGAUGUUUGGAGUGCUGGGGUUAUUUUGUAUAUACUUCUUAGUGGGAUGCCCCCCUUUUGGGGAAAGACUAAGUCAAGAAUUUUUGAUGCAGUUAGAGCUGCAGAUCUUCGAUUCCCUACUGAUCCUUGGGAUCGCAUAUCUGAAACCGCUAAGGACCUCAUCACCGGAAUGCUUCGAGUUGACCCUUCUAAAAGGCUCACUGCUGAACAGGUUUUAGCUCAUUCAUGGAUGGAGGACUGCGCUCAAGGAGCUCAAGAAACAUACGACCAAGAUAACCAAGUUUGCGAUGAACUUGAAGUGUGCGGAGGUUCUUUUUCUACUCCAUUUAUUGCCAGGACUGAGGAUUAUACCUUCAAAGGUGAUGAGAAACCAAGACAAUCACCUGUUUUCACAUGCAAAUCGUCUUUCGCUUCUUUCUUAGAGGAUGAUGGCACUCCUUGCUCGGCAUCUGGACGUUUUUCCUUUGGCAGCUGCCACGAAUCAAGUAUGACAGAGUUUUCUUCCCCAAUUCCAUCAAUGCCAAGCUUCACCUUUUUCAGUCCAAUAUCGAGUGUAGUUCAAGGAAAUAUUUCAUUGAGAUUCAGAGCUAAUGAGUCAUCAUUGGAUGUGAUUUAUAGUGAAUCAAGCAUGGAGAAACUAUUUCCGCAGCCUGAACUUUUGCCUGAUAAGCGCGGCGUUGGAGAAAUAGAGCGUAAAGAGAUUCGAAGAGGAGCUACUGGGACUAAGGUUGCAGGCAUCCACAACAAAAGGAACCACACGAUUGGCCUCGGCGAGUUCACUCAGAUUAAUCUCAUUGUAACUGAAUCGGUCAUCCGCUGGGCGUCGUGCACAGAUAUUCCAACCGCUCCGUCUCUUAGAUUAUCACUUGUUUGCUAGAAGAAUAAGAUUAACCGAGCUUCCGGACCAGCCACAAAGAAAGAAAAACAAAACAUGUUUACAGUUAACGAUUCACUGGGGGGAAAAUAGCUGAUGAGUUGAUGAAAGGAUAACUACUACAACAUGAGGAGUUGAACUUUGGUCUUAAAGCGUCCUUGCCUUUAUUUAUAUGCUGUACUAGAGUGAUGAUGCUUUUCUGAUAUGGGAAAAAUAAUGUGCUGUAAAAUUUUCUAUUAGGCUUAAGGUUAUUUAUGGGUUAAUUGGCUUGGUUUUAGAAUCUACGAACAAGGUGUUGGGAAGAGCAACCAAUCUGUAAUUUCUAAUUUCUAAUGCUUUUAAAUAAAUGUAAUAUAUAUCGGAAACUCGUACUAUAUCUAUAUGUGUGUGGA